GAUGGCUUUCGCUUCGACUACAUCGACGACAGCGAGCUGGAGGGUCUGCCGGGCUUUCGGGAGAUUGUGAACAUGGGGGUGAAGGUGGAUUACAUCACUCCAGACUUCCCCAGCCUCUCCUACCCAAAUUACUACACGCUGAUGACGGGUCGCCACUGUGAGGUCCAUCAGAUGAUUGGAAACUACAUGUGGGACCAAAAGACAAAUGUAUCUUUUGACAUUGGUGUGACUAAAGAAAGCCUGCUGCCUCUCUGGUGGAAUGGAUCGGAGCCUUUGUGGGUCACAAUGAUGAAAGAAAAAAAGAACGUUUCCAUGUACUACUGGCCAGGUUGUGAGGUCGAAAUCCUUGGAGUCAGACCAAGUUAUUGCCGCGAGUACUUCAGCGUCCCAACAGACAAAAACUUUGCGGAUGCCAUCAGCGAUGCUCUCGAGUCUUUGCGCAACGGCAGCGCCGAGAUGGCUGCUGUGUACUACGAGCGCAUCGAUGUGGAAGGCCACCACUACGGCCCUUCGUCCCAGCAGCGGAAGAAUGCUUUGAAAGAGGUGGACAAAGCCUUGAGCAACAUGAUCACGCUCAUCAAGAGCAAGGGCCUUCAGCAUGAUGUCAACGUCCUCCUCUUCUCCGAUCACGGGAUGACAGACAUCUCUUGGGCGGACAAAGUGAUUGAGCUGAAAAACUAUAUCAAUAUGAGUGAUACCAUACAAAUGAAGGACCGAGGUCCUGUUGUGAGCCUCUGGCCAGCUCCAGAGAAGCACGCGGAGAUAUAUCAAAAAUUGAAAGCUGUGGAACACAUGCACGUUUAUAACAUACAGGAUAUUCCAGACAGGUUUUUCUACAAAAAAGGAAAAUUUGUCUCUCCUCUAACUCUCGUGGCCGAGAAAGGAUGGUUCAUAGUAGAGGUAAAGGAUAAGCUGCCCUUCUGGGAGAACGGGACGGGGAAGAAGGAGGCCUGGCAGAAUGGCUGGCACGGCUAUGACAACGAGCUCAUGGACAUGAGAGCCUUCUUCCUUGCGUACGGGCCAGAUUUCCGAUCCAACUUCCGAGCGCCUCCCAUCAGAUCCGUGGAUGUUUACAACAUCAUGUGCAGCCUGGCAGGAAUACAGCCGCUGCCCAACAAUGGCUCCUGGUCCAGGGUGGAGUGCAUGCUCCGAAACACGGCCCCCUUGGCACCACUCCCCCUGUGCGGCAGCUGCACCCUGGCGCUAGCUCUGCUCUCCCUGUUUGCUGAGCAGAUCUCCUUACUGUGAUCACCGAACAAUGUCGGUCAGUGUCACCAGCAACUCCAUCCUUCUCUUUUUUUUUUUGUUUUAAGUUCUUCAUUUGAAUAAUAACUUCAUUAAUAGAGUGCUGCCCCCAACUCCUCCGUCGUGCUCCACCAGGCGUGAAUCUGACCCAUCCUGCUUUUACAGCGGUUAUAACAUGAAGCCAGGUUUUGUGCUGCUCUAAACACAGCCAGGAAAGUCGGGGUCGCUACUCUGGAUUUACAGCACUGGCAGUGAGAGCAGAAUCCUGGCCAGCUAUCUGCAAAAUUUUCUGGUGGCUGCACAUGGCAGUCUCUGAGCAUCAAACGUAUUUUACCCCAGCAUCUUUAACUGAGAGGCUCACCGUGGCUCCCGGUACGGAGAAGCUCAGGGGUGGAGAUAGACCCCUGUGCAUUUAACUGGGUUCUUUCUGACUCACUCCUUCAUCUCCUGCUCCAUCACCAGCAGAGCCCCACCUUCUCCUUACAGUGCCAGCCAAGCCCCGUCUAUACUGAUCCGUUCUUCAAAGAGCCAAGCGCUUUGCUGAGUGAUCAUAGUGCCGAGAGAGGUGGAUCGGCAGGAGAGCAGUGAGAGCAUCCUACUUCUCUCAGCUUUUCCUUCUUCAUUUUCCCCAAAGUGAGCCCUGGCCCUGCACACCUGCAGGGUUGGGCUUUCCUCACAGACCCCAGCAGGGCGGUUGCAGGGGCAGUGCUGGGAAAGGGGAGAGCGAUAGAAAUCCUCCACUUCAAAACCAGGAGGAAAGUGAACCAGCAUCUGGACACACAGGAGUCAGGAGAAAAUAGGAUGAAGAAGCCUGGCAUGUGACAGCCUCUCUGCUUUUCCU